GGUGGGUUGGGCUGUUUUGAGCGAACCGAGCGUUAAAGAGUUUUUAAUGUCCGCCAUGUUGGCCAUGGCGUACUGAACCACCGAUAGACAGGGAAGCCUCUGAAAAAAAGACCGAAACAGAGCGAUCAAGAUCCGGGCCUUCCCGGCUCCGUUCGCGACGCCCUAACUUUAGCUUUAAUCAGCCGUACCGUAUAUGUCAGAAUAACCGCACAAUCAUCCAUGAAAGCUCAAUUCGAAACCGAUGUGAAUUUAAGGAGAUUGGAUAGAUUUGUUGCAUCUCGAAUUUUAAAAAAUGAGUAAAUUGUCGUUUCGGGCACGGGCGCUGGACGCUUCCAAGCCACUACCCGUCUUCCGAUGUGAGGAUUUACCCGACCUGCAUGAAUAUGCAUCUAUUAACCGGGCAGUGCCGCAAAUGCCGACGGGGAUGGAGAAAGAAGAGGAAUCGGAACACCAUCUCCAGAGAGCCAUGUCGGCCCAGUCGGUGUAUGGAGAGAAACACAACAUGGUCAUCCCCGUCCCGGAGGCAGACGGCAACAUCGCCUACUACGAGUCCCUCUACCCCGGGGACUUCAAGAUGCCAAAGCAGCUUAUUCACAUACAGCCUUUCAGCCUGGACACGGAGCAGCCGGACUAUGACCUGGACACAGAGGAUGAGGCCUUUGUUCACAAACUGAAGAAGAAGAUGGAGAUCACCUUUUUACAGUUUGAGGAGAUGAUCGACCGACUGGAGAAAGGCAGUGGGCAGCAGGCGGUGAGCCUGCAGGAGGCCAAGCUGCUGCUGAAGGAGGAUGACGAGCUGAUCAAGGAGGUGUUUGACUACUGGACCAGGAAGAGGAAAAACAACAAGCACGGCACGCUGCACCCCACUGUGAAGCAGGAGAAGAGGGACGGAUCCAGCACCUCAGACCCCUACGUGGCCUUCCGCAGGAGGACGGAGAAGAUGCAGACCAGAAAGAACCGUAAGAACGAGGAGGCCGGUUAUGAGAAAAUGCUGAAGCUGCGGAGGGACCUGAGCCGAGCCGUCACCAUCCUGGAGAUGAUCAAGAGGAGGGAGAAGAGCAAGAGAGAGCUGCUGCACCUCACCCUGGAGAUCGUAGAGAAGAGGAAUGGCAUGUCCGACUUUGGUGGUGAGAUCAUGGCUGAAGUGCUGGCCCAGCGUGCACUGGACAAGCCUGCCCAUAUUAUCCCUCUGGUGCCGCUGACCAACAGCAACCAGUACAGACAUCAGGACCACAUGGACCUCAAGGACUACAAGUCCAAGCCGGAGAAGACAGAGGUCGUCAGGCAGAAGAGGAAGUAUGAGAAGAAGCCUAAAGUCUUACCCCUGUCAGCUGCUGCCCUCCACCACUCUGGUCCCUCUGUGUUCAAUGCUAAGGACGUCCACCAGUAUGACUUCCCCAGCUCAGACGACGAGCUGCACUCCCAGAUGCACUCAGGUUCCUCAGAAGCUGAGGAGGAGAACGACCCAGACGGUUCUUUUGCCUUCCGGAGGAAAGCAGGCUGUCAAUAUUAUGCCUCUCAGUUGGACCACGGGGGCAGCUGGCCGUGGGACAGUCCGUCAGAGGGCGGCCUGGGAGACACUCGUUACCGCUACUGCCUCACCACCCUCACCGUGCCACCACGCUGCCUGGGCAUGGCGCGCCGACGCCUGGGACGAGGGGGAAGGGUUUUGCUGGACAGGGCGCACACAGACUUUGACAAUGUAUUUCAUGGGCUGGACUCGGAAAUGCGUGACCUGCCGCCCCACUCUCCAGUCACAGACAAGUUUGCUAGUACCUCACAAACAAAUACCUCGGACAGAACCUCUUCUUAUUCAGCCUCUUCUGCAGACCUCAGUCAGAUACUGUUGAACAUUAAGUCGAGCCGAUGGAGGCACUUUAGGCCCCGGACACUAUCACUACACGACGAGGACAACGUGGUCACAGACCCCUUGUUCAGGAGGCUGGGCAGGGGCCUGAGUCGCAUCACCUCUACCCUGGCUGGCACUACUGGCCCCCUGAGAGGAGCUGGCCCCCCGGCCCCCACAGCUGCUUUUACUGCCCAACAAUACCAGCAGCAUCAGGAGCAGCUGGCCUUGAUGCAGAAACAGCAGCUGGAGCAGAUCCAACAGCAACUGCAAGCCAACAGCACCACCACCACUACCAACAGCACGCAGGUUUUGGUGUCCAAGACGUUAGAUUGUGCCUGUGCCCAGUUUGCUGCCUCUGCCCUGGUGACCACAGACCAGCUUCUGGCCUUGAAGAACAAGGAUGAGGGUGGACCGGGCAGCGGGGUCAACGGGGUCCUUCCACCCUCAGGCGUCUACAAGGGCUUUCACCUCACUAGCACAGCAUCCCCGUCGCCUGCAGCCCCCACCCCUACCCCCUCCUUCCCCUUCCUGUUGCCCAGCACCAACGGCACCACCACUCAGGUCCUGAUGGGGAACAACAACAACCUCCGCCUGAGCAUGUCCUCCCCCGGGGGGACUCUCACCAAGCGCCACAUACCCCGGGCGCUAAGCCACGCUCCCGUUGCCGUGUCGUCAUCUGCCUUAAAGUUGGCUGCCACCGCUAACUGUCAAAUGCCUAAGGUCUCCACAAACACCCCGUCAAUGGACCUGGUGCCAAGGGAAAAUCAGGAUCAAGAAAAGCCAGCACUAAACAGCAUUUUGGACAACACAGUGGCUAUGGAGGUCACGUGACCUCGGAACACGGACUGGACUGUGGGCUCACCCGGGAACUCAUUUAGGUGCUAUGCAUCGUAGAGUUGUGAAUGCAAGGAAGGGGUAGUGGAAUGCGCACACAGCAUACAACGCUGUCUCCAUGGUGACGGUCGGGACUUAAUUGCAAUGGUCGUCUCGUACUUUUUUCAUUUCCUAUUUGUUACUGUUGAUAAGAAAUAUCAACAUCUGUAAUUAUGAAUAUGGCAAUUAUUUGUACAGUACCAGAUAUUUGUAAUACCCCCCCCCCCCCUUGUAUAUAAUGUUACUUGAAUACGGAAAUGGUUCAUUUGAUGUUUUGCACUUGGGAUUAAAAAAAAACUUUUUUUUGUAAAAAGACAAACUGCAGCUGGUUGGAGUUGUACAACAGUGUCAUCACGUCAGUGCAUGGUGUGGAACCUGCUGUUUUAUCUAUUUAUUGUGCCGUGUUUACAGUUUGUUUGUUUUUCUACGUUUUGUUCAUUUUUGUUUUGUCCACUGUACCCUCAUUGGUUCCUGUGCUGUAGUCUGGGUUUAGGUAGCUAUGAACUUCUCUGUAUUUGUCCACUGUACCCUCAUUGGUUCCUGUGCUGUAGUCUGGGUUUAGGUAGCUAUGAACUUCUCUGUAUUUGUCCACUGUACCCUCAUUGGUUCCUGUGCUGUAGUCUGGGUUUAGGUAGCUAUGAACUUCUCUGUAUUUGUCCACUGUACCCUCAUUGGUUCCUGUGCUGUAGUCUGGGUUUAGGUAGCUAUGAACUUCUCUGUAUUUGUCCAUUGUAUCAUGUGGAAACAGAUGGUGACAUGCAUUCAUACAGAGUUGGUGGGUGUGGAUUUAAGGCAUCGGUUUGUCAGUCAGGGUAAUCACUUAAGAUCUUCCAUUUUAAAUUGUUCAUGAGACAAAGUAACACAAUGGGAAUGAAGUCUGUUCCUAGAAGUCACUGCUGCUUAACUAAGCACUAUUUUUGUUUCGAUGAAUGCUGCUUUUAUAUGAUUUAGGGCUCUGGUUUGUUUUCACAUCAGUACCCUUUCUUUUUUUUAAAGACCCCCUUCCUCAAUUAUUUUGUGAAAAAUGUCAUUAUUUUUGUAUCCCCUCUUCCGUUUCUGAUGAUGAAUGUAUGUUCCUCGUUGAACGACUUCAUUAUUUUGUUACUUGUUGAUGAAAUGCGAUCGGGUAGAGGAAUGUAGUAACAUCUUGAUUACAUGUAUCAUUCCGGUUUAUACAUAACAGAGGACAACAUGUAUUAAAAAAGGCAGAUUUCUUUGCUUUUAGGAUCAUCUCCAGAACGCUGCGAGGCCAAGAUGAACCACAAGUAUCGGGUGCCUUCCUUUGGAAAUACGAGCUCUCUUCUGUGAAGAGUACGGUACUAAACAAGGCUACUAGUUAGUUGUUGUUGUACCACCAAUAUGAAUGCCCAUUCCAAUGGCAUAAUUUAUCUUUUUUUUAUUUUAAAUUUUAUCCACAAAAUGAAAAAUUAUCUUCUCACAAAAAAUAAAACCCCAGGGCAUUAUGUGUUUGGA